UCACUCGCUUCAUAGUUAACAAUACAAAACACACCAGAAGUCAGCCUAGCUGUAAUUUUCCUUUCCAAGUUGUGUUCUAAAUAUGUGCAAAAAUUAAGGAAAUAAAUAAAAUACACAUGACAAAACCAGAUUAAAACAUUUUCUCUGAUAACAUGGUAUGUGAGAUAUGCAUUAUAUUUUUGAAGGAACAUGACAAUCAAUCUUGAUAUUAGCUGUGUAGUUUUAUAGAAACUUCUGUGACUAAGCAUGGAUAUAGGCCUCCCAGGACUUUAUGAAUAUGCAAAACUAAUUAAAUCAGGAAAAAAAAAAUCGUCACCCUAAUAUGUUUUCAAAAUUAUGGUUUACAUCCUCCCUUAUCAUUAAUUGCAUCUUACACCACAUGUUUUCCUAUACAGCUACAUUUUUACAUCUUGUGGUUGAUAUAUGCUAAUCAAAAGGGAAUAUUACCUGGAUAUUCUCUUAAGUGUUUGAAUAUUUCUGUUGAAAGUGUGGUGACAAAAUCUCAAAAUAGCCUCCUUUUUGCACAAUAGUACAUUUUUUCAGCCUCAUUGCCUCACUUUUUUUCCUUCCAACUUUCACCUUCAGUUUCCUUUUUUCUUAAUUAAUAUAACCUAUACUCUUUCUCCUCUUUUACGUUAGUAAAUCAUAUUCAGUAGUAAGUUGCACCCUCCUAUUAACAGUCAGUCAUGGAUGAAUGUAGCAAGCAGUUUUUAUUUGGUAAAUAACUAAUUACAGGGAUUUUUUUUUUUUUAUUUUCCAUUUCGAGGGUAUUUUUGUUCACUGACAACUCAUGUUAUAUUACCUUAGGGGUUGUAAAAGCUUCUGGAUUCUAAUAGGAAGGUGCAACAAAACCCUACAAGAGUUGCAUGGUAUGGGGGGUGAUUAUCCAUGAGGGUGUACACUAUUAUUUCGUUGAACAUUAGGGUUCAAAAUGUAAAUUAUCUAUUAAUUUUACACAAUUUUCUGACCAUGAAUUGUAGCCAGCAUCAUGGGGAUGUGACGUUAAAGUUAUGGCAACUACUCAAGGAAUUGCUCAAAUAAAAAAAACAUAGGUGCUGACAGUGUUCAUUUUUUAGAUAUCCAUAUUAACAUUCAGUUUUUGCGAAGGCCUUAGCCAAGUGGUUGUUUUCUUCUUCAUAGUGUAGAAGUGCCUGAGUAUUUUGCUUGGAUAAUUUUUUUAAACAGUGGAUUACCCCCUCUGUUAUCCUCAGAAAAGAAAAGCUGCUACUGAUAGAGGGUAUAAUUGUGGAGAACCUGUAUUGGCUGUGAAUUCUCCACUGAUUUCUGAACCAGCACCAGUGAGUGGACUUAUCUCAACUUCGGAAUCAAAAUUAGGUGGUAUUGCACUGGUCACUUCACAUGUAAGUCAAGCAGUCAUAGGAUCCACCUCAUCAAAAGAAACUAGCAAUGACAUGGAAGAGCAGGCUGCUACAAAGGCACAGGCAGCCUUCCGUGGUUAUCUGGCACGCAGGGCCUUUCGUGCAUUAAAAGGUAUUAUCAGGUUGCAGGCUCUAAUUCGUGGGCAUCUGGUUAGAAGACAAGCUGUUGCAACUCUCCAUGCUAUGGAGGGAAUUGUCAAGUUACAAGCAGUAGCUCGCGGAAGAAGAGUUAGAUGUACCUUUACUGGACUUAAAGUUACUACAGAGUUCAGUCAUGCGAAGACUGUGGAUGCUUGCUCAGCUUCUUCUUAUGUUCCUAUGACCCAGGAAGCUUGGAAAGUGAAAUUUUCAUCAAAUGCAUUUGUAUCGAAGCUUCUUGCGUCAUCACUCCUUGCAAAGUCUCUGCAAAUUCAGUAUGAUAAAGGAGAUCCCAAUUCAGUCUUCAGCUGGUUAGACAGAUGGACAUCCACCAGUUUCUGGCAGCCAAUUUCCAAGUCAAAAAAGGUUAUUGAUUCAAAAGGACAGACAAAUCGGGACAACUGUAAUAUGGGCACUGAAUCUGGCAAAUCAAGGCGCAGUGUACGAACCAAUCCUGCAUCGAACAUAGGAGGUGGUCAAACAAAUGCCAAGUAUGAGCCUGAAAGAACGAAAAGGAACCUGAAAAAGGUGCCUAAUCCUCCUGCUGAAACAGUACAGCGACAUCCACAGUAUGAGGUUGAUAGGGUAAAACGCAACUUGAGAAAGAUGAAAGAUGCAUCUGAGCAACCAGAGGUUGAAACUCAGAAAUCAAAUACACGUUUGAAAAAGGUGGAUAUCAGCUCAUCUGACACCCUAGACCAAGGAAUUGAGGAGUCCAUCGAAAAACCAGAGGAAAAUAUUAAUCCAACACCCAAUGUAAAAGCUGAUACUGAAACUGCUUUAGUGCCUGUUACAGCUGGACCGGUUGAUGUGCUGAUUGAUGAUAACGAAGACAGCACCCUAGUGGUGAACGGGGAUCUAAGCUUGAUGGAAGAACAGUUCUGCCAUGAAAACCAGAAAACCAGCAAAAGGAGGUCUUCCUUCUCGGCAAAAUCAGAUGCUCCUGUGCUUCCCAGCUAUAUGUCAACAACAGAAUCUGCCAAGGCAAAAUUGCGGGGACAGGUAUCGCCCACCAUUGUAUCGGAGUCAGAUGACAAAAAUGGUUUUAUCCGUCGUCAUUCAUUGCCAUCAGAGAUGAGUUCGUCUAGGACAAAGCGAUUAAUCCAAGCUGGUGGCAAGGGGGAAAUUGGCAGAGAUGUAAAUGACAGGGCAAUUAAGGUAGGAUGGAGGCGAUGAUAUUUGUGUGGCGCAGUGCAGCAGGUCUUUUAAAUUUUUUUUUUUAAUUAAUCGUCACGUGUUAUAUAAACCGUUGUAAACGAUCGGUGUGUGCGCCAUUUGGCCUAUAGGAUGCAUGUAUCGCUUUAGUCGUAAACAUUUGCUUUGUCCUUGUUUUCGUUGUCCAACUGCUUCUGCCUUUGUUAGUGGUAUUCCACGACUCGAGCAAGCUCCACGGUUGAGAAAGA